CCGCCUAUACCGAGCACAGAUCAGAUUCCUUCUGCUUUUCGCUAGUCCCCUCCCACAGCGACAGUCCAUUCAAUCUUCCUCUCUGCGCCGGCCGCUACUCUACGUCUGCUGGGAGGAGGAUCACUCGUCUUCCCCGGUCAUGGCGGUGUUGGAUCUGGCCCUGCAGGGACUCGCCAUUUUUGGCUGUGUCUUAUUCUUCGUCUUGUGGUUUAUGCAUUUCUUGUCCAUCGUCUACACAAGACUACACCUGAACAAGAAGAUAUCUGACAAGCAGCCAUAUAGCAAACUACCUGGUGUUUCACUUCUUAAACCACUGAAAGGGGUCGACCCCAACCUUAUUAAUAACUUGGAGACAUUCUUUGAAUUGGACUAUCCAAAAUUUGAAAUCCUUCUUUGUGUGCAAGAUCUUGAUGAUCCAGCAGUGGAUGUAUGUAAAAAAUUGCUUGGCAAAUAUCCUAGUGUAGAUGCCAAAUUAUUUAUAGGUGGUAAAAAAGUUGGGAUUAACCCAAAAAUAAACAACUUAAUGCCAGGAUACGAAGUGGCCAAAUAUGAUCUCAUAUGGAUUUGUGAUAGUGGAAUAAAAGUGAAACCAGACACAUUAACAGACAUGGCCAAUCAAAUGACAGAGAAAGUUGGUUUGGUUCACGGACUGCCAUAUGUGGCUGAUCGGCAAGGAUUUGCUGCUACUUUAGAACAGGUUUACUUUGGGACGUCUCAUCCAAGGUCUUACAUCUCUGCUAAUGUAACCGGUUUCAAGUGUGUAACAGGAAUGUCUUGUCUAAUGAGAAAAGAAGUUUUGGACCAAGCGGGGGGAUUAAUCGCCUUUGCACAGUAUAUAGCUGAAGAUUACUUUAUGGCUAAAGCAAUAGCUGACCGCGGUUGGAAAUUUUCCAUGGCGACACAAGUUGCAAUGCAGAAUUCCGGAUGUUACUCUAUAUCCCAGUUUCAAUCCAGAAUGAUCAGAUGGGCAAAGCUACGGAUUAACAUGCUGCCUGCAACCAUCAUUUGUGAGCCCAUUUCUGAAUGCUUUGUUGCCAGUUUAAUCAUUGGUUGGGCAGCACAUCACAUCUUCCGAUGGGACAUAAUGGUGUUUUUCAUGUGUCAUUGUUUGGCUUGGUUCAUAUUUGACUACAUUCAACUUAGAGGAGUACAGGGAGGUCCUCUUAACUUUUCCAAACUGGACUAUGCAGUUGCCUGGUUCAUCCGGGAAUCCAUGACAAUAUAUAUUUUCCUGUCUGCCUUGUGGGAUCCCACCAUCAGCUGGAGGACAGGUCGCUUCCGAUUACGGUGUGGUGGUACAGCGGAAGAAAUCUUAGAUGUAUAGCUAUGGACCUGUGGACUGUACAUAACAAAACAAAGCAAAAACGUAAAAUUAAAAAAAAAAGUAUUAUAAAUUAUGUUUAUAUAAAAAUGCUUUUAAAGAGAAGAAACUACCUUUUGAAUAGUUUUAUUACAUGUAUGUUUUGCUAUCUGAUCUUUAUUUAUUUGC